AUGUCUGAAAGGAGAACGCUAACAAAGUUUCUUUGCUGUGUCGAGUGGAGUGAUGUUCAGCGAAUGGGACAUGAGUCUUCUGGGACAUGGACGAAUGUAAGAACCCUGAGGGACGCAUUCCCUAUAUUUGAUGAGAUGACCAAAGCAGGCCAUCACCCAUCUUUCUUCACAUAUGGUAGUCUUCUCAAGGGGUUAUGCAAAGGUGGGCAUUUGAAAGAGGUAGAGAAGUUUCUGAGAAGCCUCCAUGAUGUCCCUGCAGCUGUUGAUACUGUAAUGUACAACACAGUACUCACUGCAAUGUGUAGAUCAGGGAGCUUGGACAAGGCUGUCUCUCUGUUUGGUGAGAUGGUGCAGCGAAACAUUCUGCCUGACAGUUAUACAUAUACCAGUCUUCUUUCUGGGUUGUGUAGGAAGGGCAAGACUGUUAUCGCCAUACUCUUUGUUAAGGAAGCUGAGGCUCGAGGUAAUUUACUUCCCAACGAGGUGAUGUAUACAUGUUUUGUGGAUAGUAUGUUUAAAGCUGGCCAGUGGGAAGCUGCUUUUCAUUUCCGGGAGCAGAUGGAGAAGCUUGGACUUACCCCUGAUACUGUCACAACAAACGUAAUGAUUGACGGUUACUCAAGGAUGGGGAAAAUAGAGAAAACUAAUCACAUGCUUUCUGAAAUGGAACCUAAUCUGACUACCUACAGUAUCCUUUGCAUGGGUAUUCAAAGAGGAAAGACAUUGGGAGAGAAACGUGCGAAGAUGACGGAAAUAUUGGAGAACAUAGUUUCGUGGUCAUGUGAAAAUCCAGAACCAUCGACGGGAAUACUACUUUUGGGACACUUGGAAGCCGCAGAUGAUGCUGACAUCACUGAGGUUACUGAACUUCAAGACUCAGAAAAAUUAUCACUUUGUGAUUGUGACUAG